AUGGAGCCGCCGGCGACAGUUGGUGACGGCGGCGGAGGCGGAACAAGGCGCCAGCAGCAGCAACAGCAGGGCGCGGGGAGUAUGUUGACGGGGAUAAUUAGGGUGGCGGUGUUCUGGUACUUUGCGUCCAAAUUCUUCGGACCCAAGCGACCGCCGCCGCAAUCCUCUCACCAGAUCUCCAAUCUAUUUCACAAGGGGGAACCUCUGGUCCGUAAAUUUGUGAAACUUGAAGCUUCAUAUGCAUGUGGAGACAACAUACCUUAUGCUGUUUGGACAGCAGAUAGUACCAGAACUCUAUCCUUGAAGUAUUAUCCUUCUGAGGCUUUAAAGCACAAUGGGAGUCUUUAUGCUCAUGUUUUCUUUGCUAGGUCUGGCUAUCCGCCAGACCCCAAGGACCCUGAGUUCCAACCGUUGGCUGCAUUUGGGAGAACCCACCCUUUGGUGACAUAUUUGCCGAAGAGGGCUGACAAGAAGAAGAGUCUUUUAGGGAACUCCAAGGACGCUGUAGUUGAUGAAAAGGCCACCGAGGUACCCAAUGAUUCUAAUGAUGAUGACAAAGAGGAUGGACCAGUUGAAUGGAUGUCAUAUUGGAAACCUAAUGUUACCAUAAAUCUAGUUGAUGAUUUUACCAGAUACUCACAGAAUGCAAUUCCGCCACAUAUUGCUCCUUGUAUCCUUGGUUUUCCUCUAGUUGUACGCGUGACAUGA